AUGACAGCUAAAGUAUUGGGAGUUUUUUCAUUGGGACUGCCGAGCACACAACAAUGUGGGAUAAACCUGAUAAGAGACAAACAGAUGAUUACUCCAAUUCCUAAGAUAAAAGGAGUGAAAUUGAAGAUACCAAUUGACAAGGAUGUCACACCAGUGAACCAACACGCUAGGCGUGCGCCCAUCGCACUCCUCGACAGAGUCGAGGAGAAACUGGAUGAGUUAUUAAAAGCUGACAUUAUUGAACAUGUAAAUGGUCAUAGUGCCUGGGUCUCCCCUAUCGUUGUUAUUUGCAAGGAUAACGGAGAGAUCAGAUUGUGUGUGGACAUGCGCCAGGCCAAUAAGGCAGUCAAGAGAGAGAAUCACUUGAUGCCUACUUUUGAAGAUUUCCUUCCUCAAUUGAGACAUGCUAAGGUGUUUACUCAUUUGGAUGUGAAAAAUGCAUUUCACCAGAUCGAAUUAGAUCCUGCGUGUCGUCAUAUAACCGCAUUCAUUACGCAUGGAGGCAUGUUUUGCUACAAACGAUUAAUGUUUGGACUGUCAUAUGCUCCGGAAAUGUUCCAAAAGGUGAUGGAACAAAUGUUGUCGCAGUGCACCAACACGAUCAACUACAUUGAUGAUAUUGUAGUUCUGUUGCGACAGAAAAACGCACGAAUUUAA